UUUCAAGGAGGACGCACGUCUUUCGUCCCCGCUGAAAAACUUCGUAACUUCAAAACUCAGCUAAGAUAAUAUCAUGAAAAUUACUGUGUUCAUUUCAUAGACUUCUAUUCGAAUAAUGUUUAGUGUAAACAAUGACAGUUAAAUAAAACAUAAAUAAGUGUUGUGGUGAGAGGUAACAGUGGAUGUUUUGGAGGUCAGAUUUUCUCCCUCUGAGGAGCUACCCUACUUUCAAGUUAACAGUAACUCACCAACGAUGAUCCGCGCAGUAUGGAGGUGAAGAAGAAUGAGAAGCCCGGCAACCUGUCGCCAGCCAAGCCGGUGCUGAAGUGCGAGGACGGGAAGAGCUCCAGAUCUAGUAGCAAGUCGGAGAAGGAGCUUAAAUUACCGCCAGAGAAGUCGCCGAGUGAUGACGGGAGCCUGAGGAAAGAACGGCGGUUGUCCAAAGCUAGUGACAGCUCUAAGGAAACCUUUGAAAGGCAAGACUCAAAAACCGCAUCCCUUACAAGCCCUAAAGUCUCACGCAAAUACUUUACAAACUGGAAGCAGGCAUGUGACAAGACGAAGGACAAGACCAAGGAGCUGCUAAAGAGGUGGAGAACACUGCCAGAGGCCGAGGCGGGGGAGGUACAGAUGCAGGCGGGGAACAGCGAGGAGGAGAAACAUCAUGGGUGGAGUGUGCAUGUUUGGACCACCUGGGUGAACCGCUGCAGUGAAGACCUGGAAUGCCUAGACCUGGAAGACGAGCAGCCUUUAGCCCAACUCAGCGCGGUACAAACGGACAAACUGACGCUUUUCUUCACUGCACUUCUGGAUCACGACCGAGAUGACGUUAUCUGUGACCAGGACUUCGAUUCCUUUUUCGAGAAGCUGGCCCACUUCGCCGACUGGUCGACCAACUCGUCUGAAUAUCACAUACUCCUCGAAGUGAAACAAGAAUUCAUUGAGUACUUCAUCAAUCCGUUGCCUGCGAAAUGGGGCGAGCUCCCGUACUACAAACGCGUCUGCGGAGACGAGGCGAGUGGCAUCAACAUGCCGGGCCGGACGACGCUUGAGGGCUGGCUGGCACGCUGGGCGCUCCACCUCAGCGAGAUGAAACGGUUCAGCGACCUGCCACUGUACCUGCAGUACCUAUGCAAGAUACUUUUCCACGUGGUCGACAGAGCUGGGGCUGGAGAAAUAACAAAGCCUGCGCUCGCAGCAUUUUACCGCUCCGUGAUCGGCCUUAGCGGGAACAGGGUUGAAGAGAUCAUCGACACAGCUUAUGAUAGGAUGACUAGUAACGGUUACCUGAUCCUAGACUACGGCACAUACGUCCAUUGCUUCACCAACUGGCUGAUGGGCAAGAACCCCAAUGGCCCCGGACAAUGGGUCUUAGUUCCUCCCAAAGACUCCUUGCCACAGCCGCCUUUCCCUGUCGACUACAGCGCCCUCAACACAGAGCCAGCGAAACUUGAACCCUAUGCCCCAGACAAAAAGACCAACAGACACUCCGUCAUAGUGUGAAUCACGAAACGGCUUUGUAGAACAGUGAGCAAAUUAUCAUGAGAGUCAAUUCAAUGCUUUAGAAAUAUACGUAAAAAGGUACCAAAUGUAAUGUAGACAAAUAACAAAGUACCUUGAGGAAUAGACAAAAUGGCGUACUUUAUGUUAAACUGUCCAUACGUUCCGCUUUUUGAGGAUGAAACGCUUUAUCUAUUACUUAGGUACCUGUACAUUUCGUGCAGUUUGACCAAUUCUUAUCUCUAUAACUUUAUGUAGUUUGUAAGUCGUUGUAUAUAGUAGGAGUAAUGCACAACACGGUAAGCAAGAACUGCCUUAUUUAAACAUAUUCACAUUUCACGACAUAGCCUUAUUUUGUACCUUAGAUGUAAAACUGAACUCUGUACUUAUAUCUAGAUGUAAUCUGUACUUGUAAUCUAAACUUACCGAAGUUCACCUAAAUACACAUAAAUAAAUCGUUAAAUUAAAUUA